CGGAGCAACGUGAGGUGUUACAAAACGGACAAGAGCGAUCGAGAUACUAUGGACCCGGUGGCGACGACCGUACCCGGCUUGAGCUUUGCGACAGACCUCCUCUUCAACCUCGAUGCAGUGCGCAAGGCGUGCAGCAGCGGCCUCUCGACGCACCAAGGUCUCUUGAGUCUCCUCAAGGGUCGCGUCCAGCUCGAGCUGCACUACGCCGCCGAGCUCACGCGGCUCGCCGACCAGUUCAAGGUCGACUAAGACAUGGCUGAUUUGCACCCGGCGUCGUACGUGAGCACGGUCAACGCGGCCUUGCUCAGCGUCAAGAGUCAGUACGUCAACGCAAGCGUGCAGCACAAGAGCCUCGCCAUGAGCCUCGACGAGGACGUCUACCGGCCAUUGGAUGCGCUCUACAAGAGCCUCGCCAAGAAGGAACAGUCGACCACCUCGUGCAUGGCCCGCGUCCGCAAGCAGGCCAAGGCGCUUGAGGAGAACUUUCGCAAGCAGCACACAAAGAUGGACAAGGCGUUCAAGGAGGCGACGAUGACGUACGCGCAAGCGCUUGAAGCUGGCAUUGCGCCGCGCGUGAUCCAAGAGCAGGUGGGCAGCGAGAGUAGCAGCAGCAACAACAAUGCGCUGGAAGACAGCCCGUCGUUUCUUGGCGAGCUCUUCCCCAAGCGGCGACCGACGACGACAUCGCGCAACGCAAGCAUCGAUAGCGUCAAGCUCGUGAGCUGGUUGCUGCCCAACGAGCACCAAAAGAAAGAAAGUCUCGCAGUCGCCGCCGCCCGCGCGGUCGAGAGCGCCGAAGCCGCCCGCUCCGAGUGUCGACACGCGUAUGCUGGUUUUGAGGAUGCCCGCAUUGCCUUGUACCGGUCGACGCAGUCGAUCCUCAACGACUACCAGACCAUUUCGGAGCAGCGUAGUACGCAGCUCACGACGAGUCUGCGCAAGCACAUCGUCUUCGAGUCGGCGACCCUUGCCAACCUACAAUACGACUGGCAAAUGGUGGCCAAGCCCAUGGAAGCGGUCGACGUCGACGCCGACAUUCGUGCGCUCAUCUUGCACAACUACCGCCCGAUCGUGCCGCACAUGACGAUCUCGGACCUCUGCACGACCGAGUCGCCGCUGCCGCACCCGCCACGCACCAAAGCGUUUGGCCUUCACGACGUGACCCUGCGCCGGUAUCCCCUUGACACGAGCGGCAAUCGGCACUCGGUCUACGGCUGGCUCGUCACACGCGACCAGAGCAUCUACGAGAAGGACGCCAAACCCGCAGUCGUGCCCGUCGUACCGUCGCAUGCCGUCGCCAAGGCUGUGCAAGCGGCGCUGGCAUGCGUUAUCUCGACCGUCGCCAAGCCCGAAGACACGGCGUUGCCCGACGACAAGCGAGACGACGACGACGACCGGGACUCGUCCGAGAGCACGCAUAGCACCGAGUGCUAA